UCAAGGACGUUUGGGUCCUUGUUCAACUUGCCCUGUCCGGCCAGCCUCGUAGGAGAAAGCUCUUGAGAAGCUGAAGAGGAGAUGGAGUCUGCGAAUACAUUGCGUCAAGGCGGAGAGUGCAAAGGAGGUGUUUUAGCUUACCUGGAAAGACUAGAGGCUCAGAUGAACAGAUCCAGUAGAAAGUCUGAGGAGCUGACAGUUCACACAAAGGAAAGUUCUCAGAGAACCAAGAUUCAUGAACUUCGGAGACAGCGAGAUAAGCUGAGGGCUGAAGUGAAGCGACGGCAAGCCAGAAUUAAAGCAUCUUUGGACAAUGAAGACCCAAACAGAACAGUGGAGCUCAGUGAGCAGGAGGAUCUGGCAAGGCAGUGGGGAAACGUGAAAGACAUUCUACAGGCCUAUCGUUUUACAGGGCUCAGUGGGAAGCUGACCAGCCGUGGAGUCUGUGUGUGCAUCAGCACUGCCUUUGAGGGGAACCUACUGGAUUCCUACUUUGUAGACCUUGUCAUGGAGAAACCACUCAGGAUUCAUCACCAUUCCAUCCCAGUCUUCAUCCCUCUGGAAAGGAUAGCCACAGAAUACCUACAGACUGAUAUCCAGCGCUUCCUCUUCAGUCUCUGCGAGUACCUCAAUGCCUACUCAGGGAGGAAGUACCAGACGGACCAACUUGAGACUGACUUCAGUGCCUUCCUCACUGGACCUUUGCAGAGAAAUGCCCUGUGCAACUUGCUGUCAUUUACCUAUAAAGUGGAUCAGGGACACCAGACCUUCUCCUUUAGUGCCACAUUGCUGUAUGAGGACCUCACAGCAGCUCUUCCCACAGGUGUCACUGUGAUGUGCCCAGGGGCAGAAACAUCAUCCGCUCGUUGGGAAGAACACAGAGCAUCCCAUGAAAUGCUCUUCCGAACCAAGCCACUGCACCAGGUGUUUGCUUCCUUUUCAAAACAAGUUGAAAUCCUGGAUUUGAGCCUGGUCUCCUGAAAAACUUUCUACAUGGGAUACAUCUGAAGGGACCCCCAACAGAACCUGUCAACAAAAGCUUUGGAGGGAGAGUGCUUGGCUGGAUACCAGCCUUGUCAUGAGACUAGACACCCACUUCAUGGGAAUGACAAGGAGCUUGUUGAGUAGACACUAGGCGAUUUGGAUAGAUCUCAUUGAUUGCCUGGUCACUUGGUACAGUGCUCCAGAGCAGCUCUCCCUCUAAAAUACCAGCCUAUAAGUAUCGUAUGUAUAUAUUCAUGCUGAAAAAUCAGCUAUGUUGGGGGUAACUAAAGACAUUUUGUGAGCAUCUGUAGCUUUUGUGCGAGCUGUAAAUCUAUGAUAGGGCUUUGUAGAUAAGGGAAUGUGUUUAAUCUUGGGUUUGGGAUCAUGUAUUCUAGGCCACUAUUUGGUGGUAGAAAUUACUUUUUAUAAUUAGGGGUUCUGUGUAUUUAAUAUUUUGUUUCCUAAAAUAUCUUGGUUGAGAGCUGAAUGCAUAAAGUCACUUUGAGAAAGCACUGUUAACAAUCUGUACAUAAAUCACUGACCCUCCCG